UGACCUAGAUCACCGUAUGCUAGAUUUUGUUGCAGUGUACCGUCUUGUUUGGAAGUGUGUGUGUGAUUAUAAGCAUAAGCAAUCGGACGAUCAUAAUAAAAACACAGCUCAUUAUCAAAUUGGAAACUAUAUGCUAUUGCAAGACAACCCAGUAAGGUAUACUGUAAUUUACUCUCUUGAUUUUCGUAAGAAAAUCGAAAGACAGGUUUAUUUUGAGGUAGCUUUGCAGUGAAAAAUGAGCGGCUUGCUACCCUUCACACCGCCGAUCGUGAAGCGACUGUUGGGAUGGAAAAAAGAUGACUCGGGAGCCGAAGACAAGUGGUCCGAAAAGGCUGUGAAAUCCCUUGUAAAGAAGUUAAAGAAAAGCGGAUGUUUGGAAGAACUUGAAAAAGCCAUAUCUAAUCAAGACGUCAACACAAACUGUGUUACGAUUCCAAGGUCUCUAGAUGGUCGCCUUCAAGUUUCCCACAGGAAGGGCCUGCCACACGUUAUCUAUUGUCGUCUGUGGCGUUGGCCCGACCUUCAGAGUCAUCAUGAACUACGAUCUAUUGAAACGUGCGAGUAUGCAUUCAACUUGAAGCGGGAGGAGGUAUGCGUCAACCCAUACCAUUACAUACGUGCUGAAGCUCCAGUUCUUCCGCCAGUGCUUGUUCCUAGACAAUCAGACAUCCCCAAUGAAAUCGCUUUGGAUGACCUUUCUAACACAAUACCAGACAACGCUAACUAUCCUGAAGAUGUCAAUCAAGAAGGUCUACUACCACCAGAAACCCCGCCACCAGGCUACAUGAGUGAAGAUGGGGACACUAAUACAGAAAGCAUGGACACUUCUCAAAGUGGAAGUGCUGCUGUGUCACCAAGUCCCAGUGAUUUCCAGGAUGUUCAACCUGUGUCCUACUCAGAGCCAGUGUUUUGGUGUUCAAUCUCAUAUUAUGAGAUGAAUCAAAGGGUUGGAGAAGCCUUCCAUGCUUCGCAGCCAUCACUAACCAUCGAUGGUUUCACGGAUCCAUCAAACUCGGAACGCUUUUGCCUAGGUCUCCUCUCAAACGUCAACAGAGAGUCUGUUGUGGAGAUGACAAGAAGGCAUGUUGGGAAAGGUGUGCGGUUAUAUUACAUUGGAGGGGAAGUAUUUGCAGAGUGUUUAAGUGAAAGCAGUAUUUUUGUGCAAAGCCCGAAUUGUAAUCAACGGUAUGGAUGGCACCCGGCAACCGUUUGUAAAAUCCCUCCAGGUUGUAAUUUGAAGAUUUUCAACAAUCAAGAAUUCGCCGCCCUUCUCUCUCAAUCUGUCCACAGAGGCUUCGAGGCUGUUUAUCAGUUAACUCGUAUGUGCACAAUUCGCAUGAGUUUCGUCAAAGGAUGGGGUGCGGAGUACCGCCGCCAGACAAUCAUAAGCACCCCUUGCUGGAUUGAGAUGCAUCUCAACGGACCUUUACAAUGGCUAGAUCGGGUGCUACAGCAGAUGGGACCCCAUCCUUUUACUGUCGGUAGUAAAUCAUAGGAGAUUGCCCCCCUCACUCCUUUUGACGGGGAAGAUAUAAGGUGCAUAUCAAGAGGUGUAUUACUAUUAAUGUGACUGACACAGUAAACGUAAGAAAAUAUACAAUAUCCUAAAUGUAUGUUAAAUUUUAUUUUAACAACCUUUUUUAAUAUUUUAUUGAAUGCUGGCAGCCUUGAUCAAUUUGUAAAUCCUUCUUAUUCCUGAUUCUGAUUGGCCAUUUGCAGUUCAGAUAAUCUACUGUAUUAUAAAAUAAUGGUAUAUUGUACAUUUAAUAUGACCCUCUUAAUAUCCUUUAAGGAUUGGAGGGAGCUUACAGUAUUUGCCGAAAUAGGUUGUAGUUCUGUGGUGUGAAGUCCACAAGAUUUUCAUUGGAUUUUUUGUAUAACAGCCUACAAUUUGUUUUUUCUGCUGACCAUGUAUAGAAAGACUAUUUUCAAUCCAUUGACUUUUUUCUGUAAUAAAUUCAUUUAUUUUUUUAUUUGUGCUGCUACUAACCGUGAAUUGUAGGACCAAUUGGUAUUUUUUACAUCUCCCUGUUUAAAGAAUGAACACUUAGUGGUUUUUGUGAACCUCAGUAGUAAUUGAAGUUAGAUAUGUGUGUCCACCACUCGACAAUAUAAUGUAUCAUAUGAAAUUAAAUUUGAGCCAGAAUUUAAUUCAUGCUAAAUUACAAAACUUCAUAAUUUUAAUCUAUAUGAAAGGUUCUACAAUUGCCUGAAUUCAAGAACAUUAGAAAUAAUAUUUUAUGACAUGGCUCCCUUUUUUAGUGUCCUGUUGACUACUACCUAGCGGCCUCAACAUGGAUGCUUUUGACAACUCCCUGUUGAACAUUACCUAAUAGCGCCCUCAAAAUGUGUGCUUCUAAGCAGCACCUUUAUUUGAUUGGAAUGCCUUUAACAUACACGCUUCUUACAGCCAAUGUAAAGUAAUGUUUGUUGAAGAUAUUGUCAUUUCUUAGUUACUGACUGUGUUUAAUGUCAUGAAGAAAGGUCAUUUUUUGUUUGUAUAUAGCUUUCCUUCUCUAAUUUAUGUAAAUAUUUGCUUGUUUUGAAUGUAGUAAUCUUUGUAUUAAGGAGGCACGAACACUGAUGUCCCUGCAUGGGUUUGUCUGGAUGAAUUUGAUUGAAUUCUAACAUUGUCACAUUUUUAAGAGGGAAAAACUCCUCAACAUACGGUUUUUGCAAAUUUAAAAUAUUUGAAAGAUCACCAAUUUUUUAAAUUUAUUUAAGUGGGUGAUAAGUUCUCAUAAUAUCAACAGAAAAAAUAAAUAUUAAUAACUAAGAUGAAGGAAAAUUUGUCCUGUGUAUUUAUAAAGCCCUUUUAAAGUUAAGUGAAAGAAACCCAAAGAAUAAUGUAAAAUUGAUAAUUACAUUAAGAUAUUGAAGUAAUGUUCAUACCUAUGAUGAUUGUGUGGUUUUUUUUCUUAUGGAAUCAUGUACUUUAAGAAAAUGAAAGAUCAAUAAGAUAUGUGACAACGUUAAUUAGUGAAUCAAUUAUGUUAAAUUUUGAUCUUGAUACAAUUAUUUAAAAUUGGUGUAUACAAAUUGAUAUUUUUGAACAAUAGAGGGCUCAGUUUAUGUGUGUGCAUGUGAUAACCAUUUUCAAAAUGGAUUGUUUUUUAGUAAACACGUCUUUUCUGAUGGUAUGAAACCAUGGAGGCUUCUUUUGAAGGCUUAUCCAAACUAUCAAAUUGCAUUUGACGAAAACAUGUGAUAUGCCAAAUUGUGGUCAUGAAUGACAUCACAUCAUGACCAUAUAUAGGCACAUCAUGACUAUAUAUGGGCAUACAACAGUUUUUUUUUUCAAAGAAAAUUUGAUAGUGUAGACAACCCUUAAGACUUACUGCAACUCAAUGUAAAUACAAGUUAUUCAAGUAUUUUUUUUAAAUAUAUAUAAAUAUUAUAUGACAAUCUUAUAUGUAAUAUAUAGCCUAAUUGUAACUAUUUUAUUUGCAUGUUACUAAGAAGAAUUUAUAGAUUACAAAUGGCAUUAGUGGAUUGCAGCUGAUGGUACAGCAUCUUCAUCAUCAUUUUUACAACAUAAUAAACAUUUUUGCAUUAAAAAUAUUGAUGUCUAAGUAAAAAAUAGGUUUUAUUUGUAUUUUAUCACUUUCACUUUAAUAUUGUUUUAAUAUGUUAGAUUAUAGUAUAGUAACACACUUGGUAAAUCUUAGCUGUAAACAGGCUACUAUUGUACAUAUUAUAGCGGUUGAAACAAAUAUCACUUUGAUAAUAAAGAUUUUCUUGGUCUACUGAUCAAGCUGAGUAACCAUGGUGAUAAGAAAUAGGGCUGCAAUGUUAUGACACAGCAUUUAAAGCAUUAGUAAAUGCUGGCAUGAUCGCACUAUUUAUAUAUGUAACCUUUAUUUAAUCUCAAACCACUGUGAGUAGACUACCGUGCGGUGACCUGGCUUGUGUAACCACUUUAAUCCUUUAAUAAGAACGCUUUUACGCUUUUUUCGGUCAUUCUAAUUUUAAUACUCAGAGGUAGCUCUAUUAAAGGUUAGCUCUUGCAGGAAGUUCCAAAUUUGGUUGUAAUUAAUAUUAAUUUAACAAAGUUUUGUGUUCAUAUAUGGGCAUAUGGUAUCAUGUCCAUAUAUGGACAGUCAAUUUAUAGUGCAGACAAUGCACAAGAUAGCAAUAUCAAUUUAUUAUAACUCUAUGUUAAUUAGAUUGAUGAAGUCAUAAAAACAAAAUAAAACAUGAUCAAUCUUUAACUACUGUAAUUAAUAUUGUUUUAACAAAGUUUUAUGAUAAAUACCCAAGAUUUGUCCAUAUAUGGGCAUAUCACAUCCUAAUGUCCAUAUAUGGCCAGUCACAGAGUGGACAAAGCAUAAGAUAACAAUACCAAUUUAUUAUUAUGUUAAUUAGAUUGAAGCGUUCAUAAAAACAAAAUAAAACAUAAUCAAUCUUGAAUUAUUCUAAUGUUUAUUUGAAAUGUUGAGCACAAGGGAAUGAAAUGGAAGCUGUCUUAUUUAAAAUCAAAUUAUGUAAAAAAUUAACAUUUGUUACUUCAUAAAUCAUAGAGCAAAAAAAAAAAUCAUUGUUAGCUUAAAUGAAUCAGCACAAUUGUCUUUUGGUAGAUUUUGUAUAAAUACAUUUUUAGGAUCUCGUAGCAAUGUUAUAUUAUAUCAUAUGUUUUUUAAAUGAAAGCCGGCAAACGCAUUGUUUUAUAUGGAGAAAGAUAGUUUUUAAGGUAACUUUUGUAACACAAUGUAGUAGCACUACACUGCUGUGUUGUAUUACAAACAAUAAGAUGAGCAAAUAGAGUUUUACAUUAUUUACUGUUGUUAACCAGAAAAAUGUCAAUAAAUGGCACAUAACUGUAAGAAAAUAAC